UAUUUUAAUACGUUUAAGUUACUUUUCAGACACUCUCUCUCUAUCUUCGUGGUUUGGCAUAACUCGUCCUCCACCAACAAGUCUGUCUUUCUGUUUCUCUUAUCAGAUCUCUUGGCUACUUGUGUAACCAAAGAAUCAAUGGCUCUCAAGUUCGUAUCUGGAGCUCUUUUCUUCUGUUCUCUACUCGCAAUAUUUCCUUCUUUCUCAUCCUCCAGUUUCAUCUCAGAUGGCGUGUUCGGAUCUCAGGCUUUGGUUACUGGAAGAAACCUACUUCAGACCAAGAAAACAUGUCCAGUGAACUUUGAGUUUAUGAACUACACAAUCAUAACAAGCCAGUGCAAAGGUCCCAAAUUCCCACCAAAGGAAUGCUGCUCCGCUUUUUUGGACUUUGCGUGUCCUUACACGGAAGAGCUCAACGACCUGAGCAAUGACUGUGCAACUACUAUGUUCAGUUACAUCAAUCUCUAUGGGAAAUACCCGCCUGGACUUUUCGCUAACCAGUGCAAAGGAAGUAAAGAAGGUCUCGAGUGCCCUGCUACGUCUCCCGCUUCAGCUGCAGACGUAAACGCAGCCAUCACCACCGCUUCUUCUCCACUUUGGCUGACCAUUUUUGCAGCUUUCUUGGUUUUUGUUAAAUUGUUAUGAGGCCAGGAAAGCCAGAUGUCUGCAAUGUACUAGUAACAAUACCUGAGGAAGGGAGUGUUUGUGUGCCCCACGAUUUGUUUUAUUUGUAUCAUUCUUUUGAUCUUAGGAAACUUCAAAACCUUCUAAUUGAUAAUCCAUAUGAAUUUUGUGUCUCA